UAAUGCGCUCACUUUGAUACCCUCAUAGUACGUGUGGUGCAGUUGCAUUGUGUGUUCCACGUAUGUUAUUUGUGUUGUUUUUGGUUGCACCGUUUUGGUUUGAUGAUCUUCUGUUUGUGUUUUUUGUGGGUGCCAGUUACUAGUGAGAUUGAAAAUCCGCGAACAGCGGAUUUACCGUAUUGUAGUUUUUUUUUUAAAGGUUUGUGGCACUUCCAAAAGUAAUACCUCGCCCUCACUCAAAAGUGAGCAUGAUUGUCUUUAUAAAGGCAUUAUUUUCGAUUGUAUAAUAUUACAUGUGAGCAGGUGUACUUAACGUUCUGUUCAGUGUUUCUUUACUUGAACAAAAUCCAUUUAUUGCGUGAAAAGGAAUUGUCACGGCUGCACCCUCUCCAGCCUGCCAGAGGAGAGCAGUCGAGCUCCCGGUGGAAGAUGGCGGUGGGGAUGCUGUCUGGAAGUGGAGCCGAUCUCUGGAUUUACCCACCAAACCACCCCUGAUGGACUUAAAGGACAACAAUGAGCGCUUUUCUGUACUUUCACCUUAAGGUUCGGACGCUUUUUGGGCGGUUUUAGCAAGGAGCUGUCGCCUUUUUGAGCGUCUGUGUGUGUGAGCGUGCGCGUGUAUAUGUGUGUGUGUGUGUGCGCGUAUGCGUGCGUGUGCCUCCUCUUGUUGUCCGGAGACUUUUCCCCGCUGAGCUCAGACAGGCUGCGAGUGUAAAAGUGGACAAAAAUGUCGGAUACAAAGGUGAAAGUUGCAGUGAGAGUUCGGCCCAUGAACCGCAGAGAAAUUGAGCUGAAUACAAAAUGCGUGGUGGACAUGGAGGACAACCAGACAGUUCUGCACCCACCACCUUCCAAUUCAAAAGGAGACAACAGCAGGAAGCAACCUAAGGUGUUUGCCUUUGACCACUGUUUCUGGUCCAUGGAUGACUCCAAUGUUCCCAAAUAUGCUGGUCAAGAGGUGGUGUUCAAGUGCCUUGGAGAGGGAAUACUUGAAAAUGCAUUCCAGGGAUAUAAUGCCUGCAUAUUUGCCUAUGGACAAACAGGUUCUGGCAAGUCAUUUUCCAUGAUGGGCAAUGGGGAGCAGCCAGGAUUGAUCCCUCGACUCUGCUGCUCGCUGUUCGAGAGGGUCCACAUAGACGCAAAUGAGGCCCAUACUUUUAAAGUGGAAGUGUCCUACAUGGAAAUCUACAACGAGAAGGUCCGCGAUCUAUUGGAUCCCAAAGGGAGCCGACAGUCUCUGAAGGUUCGGGAACACAAAGUCCUGGGUCCAUACGUGGAUGGUUUGUCUCAGCUGGCCGUGACCAGCUUUGAGGACAUCGAGGUGCUCAUGUCAGAGGGGAAUAAAUCUCGCACAGUGGCAGCCACCAACAUGAAUGAGGAGAGCAGCCGAUCUCACGCCGUCUUCAGUAUUAUUGUCACACAGACGCUCUACGACCUACAGUCUGGGAAUUCUGGGGAGAAAGUGAGCAAGAUGAGUCUAGUUGACCUGGCAGGAAGUGAGCGAGUGUCCAAGACAGGAGCUGCUGGGGAGCGACUCAAAGAAGGCAGCAACAUAAACAAGUCUUUGACUACGCUAGGUUGUGUGAUUUCUGCGCUGGCUGACCAGUCGGCAGGAAAGGGCAAGGCCAAAUUUGUGCCUUACAGAGACUCUGUCCUCACCUGGCUGCUCAAGGACAAUCUUGGUGGAAACAGUAAAACAGCUAUGAUAGCCACAGUGAGUCCUGCAGCAGAUAACUAUGAAGAGACCCUUUCCACUCUGCGUUACGCUGAUCGAGCCAAAAGGAUCGUCAACCACGCCGUGGUGAAUGAAGACCCCAAUGCUCGCAUCAUCCGGGAGCUCCGAGAGGAGGUGGAGAAGCUCAAAGUUCAGCUGUCGCAGGCUGAGUCCCUGAAGGCACCUGAGCUGAAAGAGAAGCUACAUGAAUCUGAGAAACUCAUCAUGGAGAUGACCGUCACCUGGGAGGAGAAGCUACGAAAGACUGAAGAGAUCGCCACGGAGCGCCAGAAGCAGCUGGAAAGCAUGGGCAUCUCUCUGGAAACAUCUGGCAUUAAAGUGGGUGAAGACAAGAGUUUCCUGGUCAAUCUGAAUGCUGAUCCGGCCUUGAAUGAGCUACUGGUCUACUACCUCAAGGAGCUCACGCAUGUCGGCGCCGACACUUCUCAAGACAUCCAGCUCUUUGGGAUCGGUAUCCAGCCGCAGCACUGUGUACUGGAGCUGUGCCAGGAUGGUGAUGUCACCUUGAUGCCCAUAGAGAACGCCCGGACUUGCGUGAACGGAACGAUGAUCGAUUCUUUGGUACACCUCUGGCAUGGAGACCGUAUCUUAUGGGGCAACAACCACUUUUUUCGGAUCAAUCUUCCUAAACGAAAGCGGCGAGACCGUUUGAAGGAGCUGGAGAGGGCUUCUCCCAGGGAGAGCUUUGUGGAGGUGGAUGUGGAGACGGCCAGCGAGGCAUCUUCUGAGCAGGACUACAGUUAUGAGUUUGCCCAAAUGGAGGUCAUAAUGAAGACUCUAGGGAACAACGACCCCUUGCAGAAUGCUGUCCAGGUCCUGGAGAAGCAGUACCUGGAGGAGAAGCGCACGGCUCUGGAGGAACAGAGGAUGAUGUACGAGCGAGAGCUGGAAUCGCUGCGGCAACAGCUUUCUCCAGAGAAAACACAGCAGCACCACCGCAGCAGCAGUGAACGACUCACAUUUCAGACACACACACCACACAGCAAGCUGCGACUAUGGACAGAGGAAAGGGAUGAACUUUUCCGCCAGAGUCUUUCUCGGCUGAGGGAACAGGUUCUGAAAGCCAACACGCUGGUGCGAGAGGCCAACUUCUUGGCAGAGGAGAUGAGCAAACUGACCGACUAUCAGGUCACGCUUCAGAUUCCUGCAGCCAACCUUAGCGCUAACCGCAAGCGUGGAGCCAUAGUGAGUGAGCCAGCCAUCCAGGUGCGCAGGAAGGGGAGGGGAACUCAGGUGUGGACGAUUGACAAGCUGGAGAACAGACUCGUGGACAUGAGAGACCACUACAGGGACUGGAAGGAAGGCUCAGAGGAGGUGUACAUCAAGGCAAACGGUAAACACUGUGACCCUUUUUACGAUGCACAAGAGAACCACAACCUUAUAGGAGUGGCCAACAUUUUUCUGGAGUGCCUUUUCCAUGAUGUCAAACUGCUAUACGCUGUUCCCAUCAUCAGCCAACAGGGGGAGUUAGCAGGCAGGUUGCAUGUCGAGCUAAUGCGAGUCAGCGGCGCUGUGCCUGAGCGCCUAUGUGGUGGAGAUGACUCCUCUGAGAACUCAAGUGAGAGCAGCUGCUACGAGGUUAUGGACACCAAUGGAGAGAUCGUCCACAUGGCCAAGAGGCUCAUUAUCAGGGUUCGCAUCAGAGAGGCGACAGGGCUCCCUCUCAAUCUGUCCAACUUUGUCUUUUGUCAGUACACCUUCUGGGAACAUGGUGAGCCCACAGUGGCUCCUCCACUGGUGAGCCCAGACAGGCCUUCCCCUUUGAACCCAGAUACGCAGUUCACAGUCCAGUUUGAUCACUGCAAGGACUAUGUUGUACAUGUGACGGAUGACUUUUUGGAGUUCAUAUCAGAUGGAGCAUUGGCAAUAGAAGUGUGGGGUCAUUGCUGUGCUAAGAGUGGACACUCUCCAUGGGAGGUAGAUGCACUGGAAGCCAAGACUCAGACACUCCGCGACAGGUGGAGCGAGGUGUCUCGCAGGAUCGAAUUGUGGGUCUCCAUCCAGGAGCUGAAUGAACAAGGCGAGUACUCUGCCGUGGAGCUGCAUCCUGGAAAAGACAUCAGCACAGGAGGAGUUUUCCAACUGCGGCAGGGUCAUUCCAGAAGGCUACAAGUCAGCGUGAAGCCAGUCCAAAACUCAGGAACUCUGCCUCUGCUGGUGGAAGCGUUGCUGUCUGUGUCUAUCGGCUGUGUGACCGUGCGAUCCACCAAACUGCAGAGACCCCUAGACACCUAUCAGAGAGAGGUGGAAGACGAUAUGGAUAGUUACCAGGAGGAAGAUCUAAGCUGUGUAAGGGAGCGAUGGUCAGAAGCUCUGAUCAAACGACGGGAGUACCUUGAUGAACAAAUCAAGAAGAUUAUCAACAAGCAGGAGAAGUCAGAGGAGGAUGUUGAGCGUGAAGCUCGGCUGGUGGAACAAUGGGUCGGCCUCACUGAGGAGAGAAAUGCUGUGCUUGUACCUGCACCUGGAAGUGGCAUCCCUGGAGCUCCUGCUGACUGGACCCCACCAGCAGGAAUAGAGGCUCACAUCCCAGUUCUUUUCCUGGAUUUAAAUGCUGAUAAUCUGACAGUGAAUGAGCAGCUGACAGGCCCACAUGCUGCAGGCGUUAACUCUAUCCUUCCCAAGGAGCACGGAAGCCAGUUCUUCUAUCUUCCCAUCAUCAAGCACAGUGACGAGGAGGUGUCAGCAGUGUGCUCCUGGGACUCGUCCAUCCAUGAUUCUGUGCACCUCAACCGGGUCACAUCUCCUCACGAGCGCAUCUACAUGAUUCUCAAAGCCACGGUGCAGCUCAGCCAUCCUGCUUCCAUGGAGCUGGUCCUCCGCAAGAGAGUGGCUGUCAACAUCUAUAACAAACAGAGUUUCACUCAGAGUCUCAAAAGGAGAAUGUCCCUCAAGAACACGCUUUACUCCUGUGGUGUGAUCUAUGAGAUUGUUUCGAACAUACCAAAGGCCUCAGAGGAGCCGGAAGAAAGAGAGACCUUGGCCCUCAUGGCUGCUCGUGCAGACAGUGAGGAGACUCAGGACGGAGAAACUUACAUCGAGAAAUACACUCGGGGAGUCCUGCAAGUGGAGAACAUCGUCAGUUUAGAGAGACUACGACAGGCUGUGACAGUGAAGGAGGCGCUGGCAACCAAGGGAAGACAUCUCAGAAGAAGCAUCAGUACACCAAAUGUACAACAUUCGUCCUGCAGUAAAACAGACCUGACUGGCUGUGAGGAUGAAGACUGCAAGGACCACUGUGAUCAUGUUGACAGCUGCAAUCCUCAGGAUGGCUCUCUCAGCAGCACACCAGUGAAGAACAAAGAGGGUCCAGGUUUACUUCCAGAGAGUCCGACAUUCUUCAACUCGAGUCCCUUUAAGCUUCUGUCCCCUCAGCCAUCUAAGUUCCUCAAGUCCCUGCUGCCUGUUAAGGAGGAGAAUAAGGUGAAGAAAGUCCUGGAAGCGUGUCCAUUGCUGGGACAAGAGAGCAUGCGCUCAUGUGUGGACAGCCCUGCACUGCUCCCCCCUCCCUGCCCCUGGCGCAGACCCAGGGCAGGCAGCGAGGGCCACUGCAAGUCUACCACUCCCACCUCCACUUCCACCCCCACCUGCAGACAGCUCAGCCACACACUGCCACACGGUGCUCAUGAGUCCGAUGAGGAGGAGACCGAUGUGGACAUGACUCUCAAUCUGGACCGGGGCCCUCAACACCACUUCCAGGCGUUCAUCCCAGAGGACUUUGCAAACUUUGACAUCUACAACGCCACUCUAGAGAGCCGCGUUGAUUUCAAGGAGAGGAGAGAAGUGACUCGUAGCCCCACCACUAGCAGCUGCACCAGUGGUUACUUUUCCCACAGUGCCUCGAACGCCACACUGUCUGACAUGCCUUUCACGUCCAGUGAGAGCUCAGAUCAUCUCAGCUGCACCUCCAGAGAUUCCCAUGACCACCUAGGAUGUUCUUCUGGAAGGGGCUACACACAAAUUAAAGGUGUUACCGCCGGAAGUGAGGAGCAGCCGCCUGUCACUCCCCUUGCUUCUUUACCUGUCAGUGUUCCUUGUGGCAAUCAGAAAACAUUCCCUCAAAACUGUGUCCUAAGUUCUAGCCAGGAGUUUACCGACUUUAAAGGGGCUGAUGAUACAAUUACAGAAGAGGAUUUGGACCAUUUUACAGAGGGAUGGGAGCAGGAGGCUGAUGAGAUCUGCACAAAACUGAAUCAGACAGACUCUUUUGAUGUUGCUAGUAUUAUCAGCAGUUCUGACAACGCCUCGGCUGUUACGCAGAAACAUUCUGUUGCAAGUAACACCACUGUAGUUUGCACCUCAGUCACACCACCAAUCAUCACCCCAUCUCCAACCUGUGCAUCACUUCCUCCUCCAGCGUCACCACCUGGAGUAACAACUUUGUCCAAAGCUCAGACCCUGACAGGAGGAGACCCCCUGGUCCGGGAGCCAGCACAAGGAGACGUCCCCCCACAUGGGAGCCCUUGUCCCAGCCCAAACCCCAGCAGCACGGAGCCCUCGGGGGACUCCAGCGGUGAUGAGAGCACCCCCGUUGCCCAGCUUCCUGAUUGGAUGGCGCCCGGGGAGCCGGUGUGGGUCGGGAAGAGACGAGGAACGGUCCACUAUGUUGGAGGGGUGGAGUUCGCUAAGGGAAUCUGGGUUGGUGUGAAACUGGACCUGGCAGUGGGUAAGCACAAUGGUACAGUCCAGGGGAGGGUGUACUUUCGAUGUCCACCAGGUCACGGUGUGUUUGUGAAACCAUCUCGGCUCUCAAGAGGCCCGCCCUCCAUGGACAUGGAAGCAGCCACACUGAUCAGAUAAGAUACAAAGACUUCACUUCAGCCUCAGCUAUUAUUUUACCUUCUAAUGAAGCUACAAUCUAAUCACUGAAUAUGCACAUGCUCAUUAUGCACAUACUUUUUCAUACGUUGAUGAUUUUGUAAUAGAACUGAGAGUCCAUGUGGAAAUAUUAUAGCCACUUCAAGUAUCCUAUUUUCUGUCCAUUCAUUAUUCCCUGAGGCUCAUAUGAUGAUUAAUCUGGGAUAUGAAGAUUACGAAUGUACUACUGUUAAUAAUAAGCAUUGAUGUUUGCAUAAAUAUGUGAUAUGUCAGGGGCAACCAAAGAGUUUCAUAUCUGCUGUCAGAAGGGGGGCGGAAAAAAAAAAGUUUUUUUCCAUGGGAGUGAAUGAGAAUUUAUGGCAAUUAAUUGGACAACAAAAUACAAAAAUGUAGGGUAGAAAUUAAACUGCCAUUACGUUCAAAUUUUGUUGUUUUAACCCAGAUUUUAAAAAACGUUUACCCAACUACAUUUGAGUUUCUUGCUAUAGACUUUCAUCUCUGAAUUGAAAUUAAUUACACAUAAAUUCCAUUAAAUUCCCUUGGAAAUAAUUGAGCAACCUUUGUUUUAAGUUCCGUAUUGACCUGAAUAUAAGACGUCAGUGUUUCUUACAGGACUGCAAUCUGUUGGUGGCAGUGGUGAGUUGGGCCGUGUGGGCGUAAUGACAUCAUCUAAUUUGCAUAACUGGUCGUGAUGCAUUUGCGUUUAAUUGUAAUGGACGCUGUAGGAGAGAGAAAUAACAUUUUGGGAGAUAAGAGUGAGUAAAAAACAUGGAAAGCACAAAAAAUGUUUAUAACGACAAAUGUAAUUUUUCUGUGGCUUCUUUUUGUCUUUUUUUUAAUGUUACAAACAAGACAUUCGCCUGUGAAUGCUUUGCGAUCGGGGAGAGGCCCAGAACCCGCUGCUCGUUAAGAAGAGCGAUUUAUGUAUUUGUUUCAUUGAUGUUUUUUGUCAAACAUUAAGAUUCCGCACUUUGUUCGGUGGUCCUUGAACACAACCGUCAUGUGUUAGGAGACACAAAAGUGAAACACUGGCACAGCUUAAUAAAUCCACCAAAUAGAAGAUAAACUGUCGUGUUGUCUAACUUGAACACACAUAUCUAUACCUUUGCCACUCUCAACCAGUUAAAUCUCAGGCGACCCUUUUGAGAGCCUAUCCAUUUUAGUCUGCAAAAGUCUCGCCACUAGGUUUGUUGCUAGUCUCUUUUUUUGGAAAAACAGGAUCUCAAGGGGUCUGAUUACUCGCUAAAUAUAGUGACAAAGUUGCUGAUCCCUCCUGCUCCUGCUUCUUAUUCUUGGGCAGACCAGAUGCGUAUCAGGUGUGUUAACAAGUGGACGUACACAGACAGCAUUCAUAAAUGAAUGUAUGAGAAACACUGGGCAUCCCCUCUUUUUUAAGCCCAGAUGUUGGAAAAUACUUUAUAGCUGCUCGACCUGAUAACUCUUAUCUUCAAAUUAGCAUCAGAACUCAGCUUUUGAUUGCAAACAUUCUAACAACCUUUAAGACCCUUUUUUUUUACCAGUGGGUCACUGUGUCUCUCCCAUGGGAGUAGUCGCAUGGCGCCACCUGUUGGUCUGCAUGUAUAAAAAAAAAUUUAACGGGGAAAAAAAAAUACCGUCUUAUAUUGGGGUCAAUGCUGUACUAUGUUUUUCGACAUAUUGUACAUGGGGGAGCACAUUGUUUAUCUGUGUUUCACCUUAGUGCCAUGUCUAUAUGGAAUAAUCCCACAUAUCCUCAAGCUCAGCAAAACCUGCAUUGCCUUCACUUUUCUGUGACUAUCCUGUUGAAGUACUGUAACACCGUGGAUCACGUCCCCCAUCCAGCAUGAAAGUCGUGCUGUUGGAACGCUUGCACUGGAAAGGAUCCUCAGAGACGGUCUUCCAUAUAAUAAACUGACAAAACCAGCUUUCACCCAAGACUGAAAAGCUGCGUCUCUUUUGACACACGGAAUUAAGAUUUUAUAGGCUUUGUCUGAACAAUGCCUUAUUUACCUGCUUCGGUAAAGGCGGACACCUUAUCUUAAAAAGACUACAAAAAAAAUGUGUGUAUCUGUGACUUUUGUGUUUUAUUAGUGGCCGUCUUAAUGCCACUCAGCCUUAUUUGGCUUGACUAAUGUGUUUUUAUUUUCAUUGACUGUCAAUGUGAAUUUUAUAUGUUGACUGAUGCAUCACACCACAUGUUAGCAGGUACUCAAUAAUGCAUUAUGUCCUGUUUAGGAUCAAAUGACUGUGAUGAAGAGUGUCAUGUGACACAGAAACAACGCUCUAUGAACAUGUGGUGAACUGUGGACUAGAAAUAAUGAUAUAUACUGUAUCUAUAAAUACAUAUAUGUAUGUAUGUACAAAUGAAAAACCCAAGAUCUUACACUCUUUAAAGGUCAAAGCUGCUCUCCCUUAUAUGGAGAUGUAAAUACAAGUGUUUUUGAAAAUAGUAUUUACGCUGUUAUAAAUGUACAGAUUUUGUAUUUAUGAUGUAUCGCUGUUUGAAUUGGUACAAGAAUGUUCUAGAAUAGAACAUUUACAAUCAG